AACCAAACCAAUUCUCUUAAAGAACGUAAACAAGAAAGAGAAGAGAAUAAAUCUCUUGAGGUUUCUCUUUCUUUCCCUACAAGAUAAGAAAAUUCUUUUUUACAAGACUCGAUCACUCCUUGCUUGACAAGUCAUAGAAUCAUCAUGUGGCUAGAGAUCAUCUGUUGUCUGAUCGUUUACAUGUUGUUCAAAUGCUUCUUCUCCGACGAUGACGACGUUUUAGAGGUCGAAUCCUCUGACACCAAUGCACUUUUCAACGUAGCUAACAAGCUUGAAAAGCUAUAUGGAGGAAAGGUUUAUAUAGGGCUCCGAAUUCCGGAUGCUGACACUGGUUCAAGGCAAAAUAUAGAUAUAGUUCUUGUCACCAAAGGUGAGGCAGUGGUGAUUUCUGUCAAGAAUUUCUCGGGAUUUGUAUCAAUCAGUGGUGAUGGCAGCUGGGUUUGUGAAGGCGAAGGUAGGCACAAACCAGAGCGUCAUCCUGAUCCUGUGGAGGAGACUAAAAAGCAAGCUUCAAUUCUUGAAUCAUAUCUUGAGCAAAGGGGAGUUGCCCUACCUGACGGAUAUUUGUCUUGCAAAGUUGUACUUCCCAAUCCUAAGUUGCAUACAAUCCAUUCAGGCUAUUUUCCACCCGAGGUUAUUACCCAUGACCAAUGGGUACUUCUGAAACCUGAACCAAAAGGCCUAUUUUCUGGUUGGAAAAAGGGUUCCUUUAGUGGUGGAAAGAAGGAGAUGCAGGAAUCUAUACAUCAGAAACUCAACUUCACUCUCAGCACAGCUCCUGUGUGGGACAGGCUGGAGCUUAAGGGUAAUAAAUAUGUCCUAGGAGAAUUUCUGGAGUUCAAAGGAAAACAAGCAGAUACCAUGGCUUUGAGGAACAUCAAAAGAUCGAAAGUUGGUCGUUUAAUCAUUCAAAAGACAAGCAUGUUUGGACUAGCCAAUUCAAAGCUCCAGGUUUUGUACUCUGGCCGUGAUUAUCGAAGUGAAGGGGCUUCAGCUUCUGAGUUGAAGGAAGAAACCGUAAGAUCAAGUACGGAGGUUCUGUUUCAGCCACAGAACUCCGCUAAAGUCCGCAAAUUCAAGCUUUCUUCAAUCAUCUCCAUGUCACUAAGUGCCUAAACAUGCUCAUGCUGAAUACAAGUUAUGCAUUUCUGUGGAAGCUAUUGGUCAUAGGCUAUGAUGUCACCUUAUGACUGCCUCCUUACGUGCAGGUGUGAAAUUAUAGUUCAUAUUGUAACUAAAACAACUAAAUUAUGACAAAAAAAAUAAUAUUAUUUUGCAUUUAAUAUGUGCUUAUGUGAUAAAAGAUUUAGAGGCAUUGAGAUUUCUAAAUAACAAUUACAAAAUAAACUAAAAUAGAAAGGUGGUUUGUAAC